AUGAGAGCGCUUAGGCUGUUGGCCAUGCUGGCCAGCUCGGCAUGUCAUCUCGCGAGCGGGCAGACGGACGAUAUGUGUAACGCCCAAGACCGCACCUACAGCACCGAGACUAUGCCUGCGGGCACCCACCAGCCGUACGACAAGCUGAAUCCCGUGGUGGGCAUGCUGAGCACCAAAUUCUACGUCACCGUCGUCAACCUCACGCCGCACCGCUUCAUGUUGGAGGGCACUCAUUCGUACCAGAUGGAUAUCUUUGACUUUGGAGACGUGCCCCAAGGUCGAGCCCGCCAGAACGCUGUCAAGUACCGGGGGACUUGGUCCACAAGAGACGACGCCGGCGAGGCCUACUACCGCAUUGACGGCACCGACAAGCGCUUCGCUUUGCGGGUAAAAUCGUAUAUUCCCAGUUCGGACCCCCGACGAGUCGUCCUAGAUCUCAGCGGGAUGGGGCUUGGCCAGCGAGAAUACGUGUACCCCGGCGGAGACACGGCAGUGUCCCUGGUCAUCACCGGGAGCAACCGUUUCGGCUUCCAGGCGUCGCUCCGGCACGGACCCGGCAACUGGAUGCGGAAUAUGUACGACGUUAUCCGCGACCGCCCGGUCCGCCACCUCAUUAUGCCCGGCACGCACGACGCGGGCAUGAGCACGAUCACGGACAAGAUCGUCAGCAUCGGCAGCGAGGAGAACACCCAGAACCAGGGCAUCAAUAUCUACGACCAGCUCCAAACCGGCUCCCGCUGGUUUGACCUCCGCAUCUGCUCCGUCCACGCAAACGACGACGCCGGACGAAACAACGGGUUCUGGGUGAUGCACGUCAACGACGAGAUGGCCACGCUCGCCAUCGGCAACACUGGUGAAUCCCUCGACGACGUCAUCAGCGAAAUCAACCGGUUCACGUCCGAGAACCCGGGCGAAAUCAUCUUCUUCGCCAUGCGCUACCUCGUGGGCCGGUACGAGUUCCCCGACCGUGGGCCCAUCCUGUGGAACGCGGCCAUCGUGGACGACUUCUUCUCCAAGCUGCGGGCCAUCCACAACCGCUGCCUGCACCUGGACACCAACACGGGCUUCCAGAACCACAAGGCGUCGUAUUUCAUGGACCACAACGAGGGCAAGGGCUGCGUCAUUCUGCUGCUCAACGGCCAUCUCGACGGCCGCGAGUCGCCCGCCGACGGCAUCUACGACAUUGGCCGCAUGACCAUCCGGGACCACUGGUCCAACAGGAUGCAGGCGAGCGACAUGGUGCCGGACCAGGUCAACAACUGGCGCUCAGUCACGCGCGGGGGCGGCGCGUCCGACUACGGCAGCUUCAUGAUCGCGCAGUGGCUGGUGACGCCCGAUGCCGUGGCCACGACGGCUUACAGUCUGCAGAAUUUUGCCAUCCAGCCGACAAACCCGUCGCUGUACUGGGCGGGCGUCAACGGCAUGGACCCGGAGCACUGGCCCAACGUGCUGAUGGUGGACUACAUUGGCGUGCAGCAGCGGGACCAAUGGGCGUGGAACCGGCUGAGCGCCGAGAUGUACACCCUGGCGGUGGGCAUGAACCUGUACAUGGCCAGCGAGAACUGCGAUGUCGGCAGGCGGAGGAAUCCAUUGCUUAGGCGGGGCGAAAUGGGCAUGGUGGAGAGCCGCGGGGUGCCGUGGAACGGCAUCAUUUUUGCCAACGGCACGACGGUUGAUGAUCCUGACCCUAUGCUGCAUCUUGGCCGGGUUGAAAUACUGAGGAACGGGACCGUGUUCGGUAACGGGACGGUGGUGGAGCAGAGCAUGCCUAACCCCUGGCUGUAG